AUGGCCGAGAACGGCGUGGGUGAUGAUGCCCUGCUGCCAGCGACCGCGCUUGCGGUGGCCUUGGUGGCCCUCGAUGAGGUCCAACGCAACGACUUGUCGCAAGAGGAAGAGGAUACUGCCCCCGACCUUACCCGCCCUAGACUCUCAAGAACGCAGCGACAGAGGAAAUAUGUGGAGAGGUGCGCUUGGGCACGGAUGUUGGAGGAUAAAGACCUCGAGGAAAGCAACAGCAGAACGUCCAAGCAGUUUCGCCUUGACUUCCGCGUCCCCUGCGCAUUUUUCCUGCGGCUCGUGGCGUUGGUCAAGAGCAAGAACUGGUUUGCCACUGCGGGCUGCGAUGCAGCAGGUCGGCAAAGCCACCCAGUGGAGCACAAGGUGUUGGCCUGGCUGACCAUACUCGGCCGGGGCAACUGCUUUGCAAGCAUAUACCAGAUGUCGUGGAUGAGCGCUGCGACCGUGCAGGCGAUGUUCCACAUGUUCUGCAAGCACUUCGCACGGGAAAUGUACGAUGAACACAUCUACCUCCCGUCGGAACAGAACGGCGAGCUGGACCACGUCAUGAAGCAGUACGACCGGCUUGGCUUUUCGGGCGCGAUGGGGUCCAUGGAUGUAACUCAUAUCGUUUGGAACAAGUGCCCCUACAACUUACCCCGUUCGUACACGGGCAAGGAGGGGGUUCCCACGAUCGGGUACCAGGUCACGGUUAAUCACGCUGGCCGUGCAAGUGCCGUGACCGAGGGCUUCACCGGCUCGACGAACGACAAGACCAUCGUCUGCUGGGAUGCCGCGGUGGAGAAAAUUCGGACGGACAAGCAGUACACAGAGAAAACCUUCGACGUGUACAACGAGGAUGGCACGACGACGACGCUCAAGGGGUGCUACUUGCUCGUCGACAACGGGUACCACAAGUGGCAAAUCCUGAUGGGAGCCCACCAAGUACCCGCUGAGCGAGAACGAUCUCCUCUUUUCGAAGAGGCUGGAGAGCGUGCGGAAGGACGUGGAAUGCUUCUUCGGCAUCCUGAAAGGCCGCUUCAGGAUCCUGAAGCUCGCCAUGGCGUACCACGAGCAGGAGCGCAUCGACAACGUGUUUUGCACGUGCUGCAUCUUGCACAACAUGCUGCACACCUUCGACGGAAUGGACGAGCUGGUGGAAAACACGCAAUGGGUCAGCAGUGCCGGGGUGGGGACCACGUUGGCGACCGAGCCGGAGGCGGACUCUAGCUCUGUUGGGGCGA